CAACCCCAUGCACACUUCCAAAGACUAGAGCUCAACCAAAGAUUUCCCAAUGCCUGCCUUCCUGUAAAAAAAGUAUUAAAAUAUUGAAAGUGCAGUCUGUCUCUCAUUCCAUGUGAAGGCUCCUCUCUCUUUCUCUCUCCUCCUCUCUCUCUCUCAUACAUUAUAUAAGAAGCCGUUUCGGAAACCUUUUGCCUCACUCCUCGUCCUUUUUUGUUGUUCCCUCCUGAUUUAUUGUCCUGAAAGUCGAAAAACUGAAAAUUGUGGAUCGGAACCCAAGGGAAUGGGUUUCCUGUUCAGAGCUCUGUUUUUUACUCUGUUUUUAGUUUCCCACCAAACAAAAGCACAGGUAUUCAAUUCCUCCUACAAUAAUGCUCUUCCGUCUGCUUCUGCUACCAGUACUAGCAGCUCAGUGGCCAGAAAGCUCGCAGGAAAAUGCAACUGGUUCCGCGGUACAUGGGUCUACGAUGCUUCUUCUAAACCCCCCUACUACUCUUCCACCUGUCCCUUCGUAGAUCCGCAGUUCGACUGCUUAAAGUACGGCCGUCCCGACACCGCUUUCCUCAAAUACCGAUGGCAACCCUUCUCCUGCGCCCUUCCCAGGUUCAAUGGGUUGUAUUUCUUGGAGAAAUGGAGGGGGAAGAAGAUCAUGUUCGUGGGAGACUCACUGAGUUUCAAUCAGUGGGUGUCAUUAACAUGUAUGCUUCAUGCAUGGGUGCCAAAUUCUAGGACUUCAUAUGUUAAGAAAGAUGGUUUAGCUUCAGUCACAUUCCAGGACUAUGGAGUACAAAUACUGCUGUAUCGCACACCAUACUUGGUAGAUCUUGUCAACGAGAAGGUUGGACGAGUGUUGAAGCUUGACUCAAUUACGGAUGGCAACGCAUGGAGAGGCAUGGACAUGUUGAUCUUCGACACGUGGCACUGGUGGACUCACACUGGAAGAGCACAGCCAUGGGACUAUCUUGAAGAAAGGGGUAAAUUGUACAAAGAUAUGAACCGUCUGAUCGCAUUUUACAAAGGAAUGACAACUUGGGCCAGAUGGGUCGACCGAAAUGUCGAUCCUUCCAAAACCAAGGUCUUCUUCCAAGGCAUUUCUCCUACCCAUUACCUGGGAAGGGAUUGGAAUCAGCCAACAAGAUCAUGCGCAAGUGAAGUACAACCAUACUUUGGGAGGAAGUAUCCAGCAGGAGUACCUUUGUCUUGGGUUGUAGUCAACAAAGUGUUGGCUAGGAUUAAGAAACCAGUCUAUCUUCUCGACAUCACAUUUCUCUCCCAAAUCCGCAAAGAUGCACACCCAUCCAAGUACAGCAGCGAGCACGGCACGGACUGCAGCCACUGGUGCCUUCCCGGCCUGCCGGAUACUUGGAACCAGCUCCUCUAUGCUGCUCUAUUUGCUUGAAAAUAUUAACAACCAUUAGGAACAUUGUUGUAUUUAAUUAGUCAUUCAUUCUUGAAAGAAACUCUCAUUGUUUCAGGAAAAGGUAGGGUUUUUCUUUUCCUUGUUUUGUUUUUGCAUUUUACUUGCGCAUGCAUUUGAGCAAUAAGAGUGUUCUUCGGUCGUGAUUCAAUUGUAUAUGAAUACAGUUUAAUUGAUCUCUUGAAUCGUAGAAACUUCCCUCAAAUUAGAAAAACAAAUUGGUGAUUGA